AUCCCUGCAGUAACUGUUAGUGACCGGAGGAGUUCACGCUUCAGCAGUCGGACGGCGUUAUGUCGUUCAGUGGGGCCCAGAAUGAUAAUAGUUUCCAUUUAUGUGCUACUUUAUGGAUGCUGGCGUUUAAUCUACCUUCAUCACCCUGUAUAGCCCUCAUUAUGGGUCCCGGAGGCCUAACUGUUCUCCAUUUACAGGAAACUGGGGCGUAGGGAAAAAGUCCUGAGGUUCCAAUAGAGUCGGAACUCAAAAUUCAUACCUUUUCACCUGUAUGUCCUUUGCCCUGCACAACUCUGUUUCAGAAUCAGGAACUUGUUACAGGUCACAUCACUUCAUCCACCAUGCAGUAAACCGGUUCUUCAAUUGUUCAUAAAACAUAUUCUUACAGUUCUUGGAGUCAGAGAUGUAAAACUGGCUCCGAUUCGUGAGGGGCUGUAAAUGUCAAGGUGCUUUUCCUAAGGUUGGGGAAGGUGUCACUGGUACUGUUCUCCCAACACCCUUUCCUCGUGUCUGGAGACAGCGGUGACUCCACCCCUCCUUCCUCUGGUUCUCUCUUCUGCCAGAGGAGCAGGUAGCAUUUGAACCUUGUUAACAGCCCCGCUGGGAUGAAGCGUUAGACAGCUGAUGUUUUGUUUGGCUGGCCUGGAACUCAGUGGGCAGUCCUGCCUCUCUUGCCUCCCUAGUACCACCAUGCCUAGCCUAGACACCUGACUUUUUUCUUUCUGUUCUCUCUCUAGGACCAGCUUUCUCCUCGGACUCUGCCGUUCCCACCCACCUGGCCCCACUCCACCCCACCCACUUCUCCAUCUUUUCCUCUUCUCUGGUCUCUCACACCCCCACAUCCUCCUCCCACCCACCCUCUUCCUCAGGCUCUCCCGCCACCUGUCUCUCAGGUCCAGGCUCUCAACUCUUUGUGGGUGGCUCUUCCUCUAGGAAAGCGGGAGGAGGGACCAGGACCUGAGCUGCACAAUGGUUGUCUGGAUGGGCUUAGGAGCCUUUUUGAGGGACCCCCUUGCCCCUAUCCUGGGGCUUUGAUACCUUUCCAAGCUCCUGGAGCUUCCCACCCCUCCCCUGCCACCCCAUCAAGAGAUCAGAGUAUGGAGGAGCACCUGGCUGUCAUGUAUGAGAGACUGAGGCAGGAGCUUCCUACCCUCUUCCUUCGCUCCCAUGACUACACUCUGUAUUCAAUGGAUGUGGAAUUCAUCAAUGAGAUCCUGAACAUCCGUACCAAGGGCCGGACAUGGUACGUUAUGUCCCUGACCCUCUGCCGCUUCCUGGCGUGGAACUAUUUUGCACAGUUUCAGUUGGAGGUUCUGCAGCUGACCCGCCACCCUGAGAACUGGACCCUGCAAGCCCGCUGGCGUCUAGUAGGUCUGCCCAUACAUAUGCUCUUCCUGCGUUUCUACAGGCGUGAUAAAGAGGAGCUUUACCGGACCUUCGAUGCCUAUUCCACCUUCUACCUGAAUUCCAGUGGCCUCAUUUGUCGCCAUCACCUGGACAAGCUGACGCCUUCACACUCACCUCCAACGCCUGUGAAAAAGCUGCUAGUGGGAGCUCUGGUGGCCCUGGGGCUGUCAGAGCCAGAGCCCAACUUGCACAUGUGUUCCAAGGCCUGACCCACACUUCAGUGAGGGCAUCACUGAAGACUUUGCUACGCACAAGAGGAGGUGAAGGUGGACAGGAAUGUCCAGAGCCGGCCACCUCCCUCCGCUCUCCUUCCUUCUUCCCAUCUCAUGCUGUGAAAAGCUGCUGUGUAAUUUAAUUUGUAAAUAAUAAAGUUUAAGCAACAAGGA